GAAAUACAUAUGAAAUAGUAGCAGGAAAUAUACAACUCGUGGACAUCAUGGUCCCAUGCACCAACGGCCGCCUUCGUGACUCCGAACCCGAGGAAGCCGUUUUAAAACCCCGGGGGUUGGCCCAUGGUGGUUGCUGUUAUACUGUAGGGCUGACGGGUGAGCGCUUAGGGGGGGAGCAAAAGGGUGGGUUAGGGGUGGCUGGCAACUGAGCGGGCAUUGGACAAUUGACGGGAGAAUCUGGGCAAAAGACACAGCCGCAAUGUCUACCAAAAAAAACAACAGCCACAUGCCCCCAUCUGCCCCCCCAUCUGUCUCCAGUUGUCCCCGUCAUAGUUAAUUACCUUAUUAGCGGCGCUCUCCCUAGCCGACUUGUACGGAUUUACUUUUAGAAGCUCAAAACAUCUCGACGUCGAUUAAAACUCCUCGCGCAAGCGCCCCCUACCCAAAAACUCGUUCUGUGUCGCUUGCCUGGCGGGCCUUCUUUAGCGGGGCAUCGGAUCGGUCAAUGAGACAUCACCCCGUCGCCGCAUGAACCUCUGUGACGUCGGCACUCCACGAACACCACCAGAGUUGAACCUCGACCAACCUUCGGACGAAGCCGUGUAAUCACCCAGACUAGCACUAGCCGACGGGCAAAGCGCACUUGAGCGCACACCAUGGCAGGCAUUGAGCAAUUGGAAAUCCACAGCAAGGCCUACAUUGUACGAUGGGUCAAAGUAGAUGUUGGCCACACCAUCUCCUGGAGCGUGCAACCUCACAAGAAGUCCAUUAACUUUGGCAUUGUUAAGCACCCCGGGACCGGCGAAACGAAUCUGACCUCCUUGGCCGACGAUGCAGGGCUUGCCGAUCAACACACCGAAGGCGUCGCCGAAUCGAAACCCGGUCUCUUUGCGAAAAGGGACGCUAGUACCGCCCAAGAUCAGCUCGCCAAAAAGGGCUUUAUACCGAUACACUGGCAUGGAAAAUGCGAAGCAGACAAGGUCUCGGUCGGCACCUACGAUGUUACACAGGCUGGCAUGUUUGGCCUUGUUUUUGACAAUACCUUCUCGAAGCAAACAUCCAAGACGGCGACAUUCGUCCUUCUAACAUAUCCGACCGGCGCCCCUCCACAGACUGCACGAAAUCUACCCAAUCUACAGGCGGGACCUCUUGCCAGCGCGAGUAGGACGAGCUUGGGCAAGCAUGGCAGCCCCCGGCUCGGCGCUGCUGCCUCGGAAUCCGUCGACAGUCUACCCAGCCACACCCGAGGACGCGCAUUGUCCACAGCUACCGCUGCCGGUAAGAGUGAGAGCGGCGUGUCUAGCUCCUACCAUGUUGGCGUCCUGCUCAAGAGGAGGCGCAAGAAGGGGCAGGGCUACGCCAAGCGUUUCUUCUCUCUGGACUAUACGACUUGUACUCUGUCUUACUAUCAUAACCGCAACUCCUCGGCUCUUAGGGGGGCUAUUCCGCUUAGCUUGGCUGCGGUCGCAGCGGACGAGAGGAGACGCGAGAUUACCAUUGACUCUGGAGCUGAGGUAUGGCACUUGAAAGCAUCGAAUGCCAAGGAAUUCAGCGAUUGGGCACGGGCGCUGGAACGGGCAAGCAAGAUUGCUCGGGGGGUGGAAUUGCCUGUCACUCAACCAGUGUCCUCGGAAAGUCAGGGGGGAGUUGCACCGGUACCUCAGAUCACCAUUCCGAACAGCGCGCAAGACGAGGAGAGGGAGUGGAGGCAAGUUGAAUCUCUGGUCAGCAGGAUGGUAGGCACCAGAGAUGCUCUCCGGCGCCUGGUAAAGGAUAUGGCUGCGGAAAAGCAGCCACCUAGCGGCCAUGGAUACCUUUCUCCAAGCACUCCUACACUUCCAGAGGAGACCGAAGGUUAUUUCGGCCCGCCGACAACCGCAUCAGCAGCAGAUAAAAAGUCUUUCUGGAAGCGCAAGGCUAGCGGCGCCGCGUCUCCUCUCACCCCCCAGUCUUUCCAGACAGCUGCCAGUUCCUCGUUGACAAUACCAGCAUCGGGCCAUAGCACCCCAACACAAAAUGGGUUCAAGAAACAAUAUGGUGCUCUCCAGCAGGAAGGGCCAAAUACUCUGGAGAAUUGCACCGCGCUGUUGAGCGAUCUGGAUUCAGUCGUGAUGGAGUUCUCGACUCUUCUCGCCACCAGCAAACGGCGACGGUUGCCUGCACAAUUAUCUGCUCAGCCAAGAGCAAGCAUUGAGUCGUCCGCUUCAACGGUCGACGAGUUCUUUGAUGCUGAAGCCGGUGAUGCGGACAGGUCGACAAACCAGCUGAUGAUCAUCGAGCACCAUAGUGAGGAUGAUACCCAGGCAUCAGAUGUUGAGGAAUCGAUCCACGAGUCCUCGUCUGUCUCUUCGAUUGAAGAUGAAGACGACUAUGCUCAGAACGCAGAGGGUGGUGUCAACCUGUUCCCACCAAAACCCAAAUCAUUGAUCCCCCUUCCAAUCACGGAACCAGUCACCAGACGCAAGACGAUCCCGCCAGCCAAGGUAGCGCCCCCAAGUUUGAUCGCGUUCGUCCGCAAGAACGUCGGCAAGGAUCUUAGCACGAUCAGCAUGCCUGUUUCUGCCAACGAGCCGACGUCGUUGCUCCACCGCGUUUCUGAACAGCUCGAGUACGCUCAGCUUUUGGAUGCGGCGGCUAAGCAUCCUGACCCCAAGGACAGGUUGUUGUACAUGACUGCAUUUGCGAUCUCUGGGUUCAGCAACACCAGGGCAAAGGAGAGGUCGAUUCGCAAGCCCUUUAACCCACUCCUUGGUGAAACCUUUGAGCUUGUCCGUUCCGAGGCAGAAGUGCCUGGUGGUUUCAGGCUUCUUGUCGAGAAGAUCACUCAUCGUCCUGUCCGGUUGGCUAUGCAAGCUGAUAGUGCGCUGUGGUCUUUCUCUCAGUUCCCGGCUCCGUCCCAGAAGUUUUGGGGUAAAUCUGCCGAGAUUACCACUGAAGGCCGGGUAAGGGUUAGCUUGCGUUUGCCGGACGGCACAGACGAGCACUACAGCUGGACCAUUGCCACUGUUUUCUUGCGCAACGUGGUCAUGGGUGAGAAGUACGUCGAGCCGGUGGGGAGCAUGAACGUGAACAAUGAUACGACCGGGGCCAAGGCUGUCAUUGAGUUUGUAGCAAAGGGUGUUUUCGGCGGCAGGGGAGAAGAGGUCAAGGUGGAGACGUACGGCCCCAAUGGCAGCAGAUUGGGUGCUGGGUUGGCGGGCACUUGGACCAACGGGCUGAAAGUCGUGCCAGGAAACAAGGAAAUCUGGAAGCCGGGGCAGUUGGUCGAGAACGCGGUGAAUACCUAUGGUAUGACUACCUUUGCCGCCAGUCUGAACGAGAUCACGCCGAUUGAAAAGGGGAAGCUGCCGCCUACGGAUACGAGGUUGAGGCCUGAUCAGAGGUUUGCGGAGCAAGGGGAUUUGGACCAGGCGGAGGAGUGGAAGGUGAAGCUGGAGGAGGCGCAGAGGGUGAGGAGACGGGUGUUGGAGGAGAGUGGGGAGGAGUAUAAGCCCAAGUGGUUUGUCAAGGUUGCCGGGGGGGGCAAGGGGGGAGGAGGUGUGGAAGUUGAAGGGAGGGAAGGACGGGUAUUGGGAGGAGAGGGCUAGGGGGAAGUGGGAAGGGGUGGUGGAUAUUUUUGCUGGGUAGUUUUUUUUUCUUUGAGGAGACAAGCUGAAGUGGGUUUUGGAUGAUGGGAAUACCGAAUAGACUUUUGGGUGGUGUUUUUGUGGUAGGAUUUCUCUCUUCUCUGUACUCUUAGCAGGCAGGUGUUUAUGUGUCAAUUCAAGGAAGUAUUGAAUGUUCAAAACCAAGUCCGCGCAGCGUGGAGGAGCAGGUUUCUUUUGGGGGUUAGGGUUGUAGGUAGCUCCCGGAUCUUUCGCCAUUCGCAUUUUCAGCACUUCGCAAAGCUAGAAUCAUG